GCUGCGGCUCGGGCGGCAUGGAGGCGUUCGUGCACUUUGCCAACCAGACGCAGGGCCGGGAGCGGCUCUUUCGGUGAGGAGAGUCGAGGCAGGCGGGCGGGGGGGGCUGCACGUUGCUCGUCAAAGAGAGCACUUCGAAAGCUGAUGGAAUUUCUUCGCUGCCUUUUAGCCAUGGCUAUGAAUAGAGUGUUUUGCAAAACUAAAGCAGUACAUUUCCAUAAACCAAAGUUUUAUUAGCAUUCAUAGCAGCUUAAGUAGUUCAUUGUUGUUUAUUUUCACAGCUUAUAAUAAUUAAUAAAAUGGCAUAAAUUAAUAGUCUUGUUUAAUAUUAGCAAAAAGUAAUAGAACAUGAUCCUAUUUGAUAAUAGCAGUAAGCGUAGAAACAAAAAAUUAAUAGAAUAUAAUUGUAUCUAAUAAAAUCACAGACUUUAAUAGAGCAUAAAGCCAGUGCUUAACUUUUAAAGUACUAAGUGACAACGCUUCAUCCAUGGGAGUGGCUUCAUAAUGUAUCUGCUGAAGCUCCAUGUGGCAUGAAAAAUGCAUUCAUGAAAUAAUUAAAAGUCUCCUGGGAGUUCAGAGUUACUCAGCCACAAAGCGUGCUGCCUGAUGCUUCUCAGAGUGAGUUACUGCCUUUGUCAUUGCAUUUCUUCAGGCAAGUGUUCUGUCUAGAUUGAUGAAUCAUGGAGAAAGCGGCAGAGCACCUGCAAGGUGCAUAGGAUCUCUGUGCACAUAUGAGUGCAUAGGCAUUUGACUAGGAACAGGGUAGCCCAGGUUCAGAUCUGCACUUAAGGAGCUCUAAUGCACUCUAGUGCACUCCCAGCUGCACUCCCUUGGUUUAACCUAUCUUGCAGGGUUGUUGUGAAGAUAAAAUUGGGAGGGAGAACUAUGUGUGCCGCUUUGUCUGAAUUCCUUGUGGUAAUGGAGGAAGGUAUGAACAACUUUGAACCCACCAUGGAAAGGUUGUACCUCAAUAGCUUUACAUGCCAAAGCUUCCAGGUAAAACAGUGUGGUAUUUUAAAUGUACAUCCCACCAUCCUGUCAAUGCAACCCCCCCCCCCCGCAUUCAAGGUGGCAAACAAAUAUGGAUUAAAACAAUGCCUAAUUAAGACAGAACAUAAAACCAAACAGAGCAAAACUGCAAUGAUAAAAAUAAGAAACAGAACCCAAUCAAUCAAACUACCCUUCCGAAACAGGCCAGCUUAUAUGCCAAAGGGCUGCCUGAAUAAAAAUGGCGUUGGCUGCUGUCAGGACCACAGAGAGGAGGCAGCUUAGCUUCCUUUAGCAAGGAUUCCAGAGAUUGGGAGAGGCUGUCUAGAAGGCAUGUGCCCACAAAUGUGCUUCUACCAUGAUGCAACCAAGAGAAGGGGCUCCCUGAAGACCUUAAAAUCUGGGCAGGUAUGUAUGGUAGCCAAUGAUGGGAAAACCUCUGCCUCAGAGCAAGGGAUUCUGCCGGUGUUCCUUUGGAGUAAGAGAAGAAACUGGAGUAUGCUGCCUUGUUAUAAGAGAUAGUUAUGAAAGUGAGAAAGAGCAAGAAACUCACUCUAUUGUGUGGUAAGAAAGCAACAGCAACAACAAGGACUUGCAGUCAAAUUGUUGAUAGCAAGACGCAAAAGUAGCAAAGAACGAAGGUAAGCAAGUAUGCUUGCAGGUGCGUAUCUUAACAGCCCCCAUAUUCCUAAUCCCUGGUUGCUCGUGCUCAUGCCACCUGGUCGUUGUUCGUCACAUGUCAUGUCUUCAGGCAUUGCAUGCUGCAUGUAACCUCAUCACACUGGUGUUCAGAUUAUGUUCAGAGGAAUCCUGGCUUUCUUGGGAGAGUAGAGAUCCAGCUGAUGUUUCUAAGUAGCCAGAGAGAGAAGUGGUUAGGUGUUUGCUUUGCAUGCACAAGGUUCAAUAUAGGAAUAUGCCUUAUAUGGAAUAAUAUAAGCAUUGUUCCAUCUAGCCCUGUAUUGUCAGCACUAACUGGGAGUGGCUCUCUGGGCCAUUUUCCUACCCUCCCUGGAGAAGUGGGUGCUUGAGCCUGGGACUUUCUGCAUGCAAGGCAGAUGCUCUUUCACUGAGUAGGGCUCCUAGAGUGCACUAGGAAGUGUGCAGGAGGUUUUGAGUGCUGCUCUCUAAGGUAUUACUGGAAUGAGAUGGUUUUGGUACUGCACACCAGGUCGGCCUUCUCACCCACAAUUAAAUCAUGAAUGAUAACACUUUUAUUCCAGACCGACCUGGCAUUAAUUAACAGCACCAGCCGUCCUGAGGGCAGACCGAUAUGGAUACCCGGCAUCCUUAGGCUGAGGGAAGGGCCUGAACAGGGGACAAAUAUUAAACAUCUGUCCCCCCUUCUAGGCAGAGCUACUCAGUAUUCAUGCAUGCUGCUUAGCUAUAUGUUAGAGCAUAAGGCUGGCCAGGAGAAGCUGGUCACGAAGCUCAAAGAUCUGGAGUCCAGCAUGAGCUCAGGCCGCAAGUUGUUCAGGCUUGGCAAUACAGUGCAUGCCAUUGUGGCGGCCAAGAAGGCUGCCCAGUUACCAGAUGUAGUUCCCUGCAUCUGCCUGACAGUCGCCAACCUGAACCGUGCUCUGUUCUUCAUCUGUGACACCAUCCUGUGGGUGAGGAGCGUGGGCCUCGUCAAACAUAUUGACAAGAAGAAGUGGCGCCAGAGGGCCACCAAGUGCUACUACUAUUCCCUGGUGGUCAGUCUGGCAAAGGAUUUGUAUGAGCUGAGCUGGCGCAUGGAGAAAAUGGCACAAGCAGGGAAAGCCAAACAGGAUGUGCCUCCUUGUGGCCAGCAACUCCAGAGCAUGGCUUCCUUGGCACUCAGAGGACUGUUGUCCUUCCUCCUGCUCCUCUGCCUCACACUGUGGAACUAUCCUCCCUUGUCACUUGACCUGCUGAAGAACAUUUGCGAUCUCUCUAGUCCACUGGACCGGCUGGGAAUCUACAAGACGAACCCUGGAGUCAUCGGCCUCUGUGGUCUAAUCUCUUCUGUUGUUGGGAUCUUCACAGUCGCCAUGCCAGGCCUGAGGCUGAACCCUUAAUUGACCAUCUGGCAGCUCUUACCUGGCAGCAUGGCACAUGGAGCUACUGGGCUUCCUCUCUGGCAGGGAUGCUUGUUUUGCGCAACGGUGUUUGCUUCCUCCUCUUUGCUCAGCACCCCCUGCAUAAGGAUUUUGCUCAGAUACAGCAGCCCGGGGAGGAACAGAGGAAGCCGUCAGCUUUGGUGGCCCAAGGUAGCUUGAAGAAGAUUUGAGCUAAACUCCCUUUGAACUAUACAAGAAAGAAAGUAGCAUUAUCCAAAUCCAUUGCUGGUCAAGAUACAUUCCUAGUCAUAAGGUGGAAUUUUGUACAUCAGAAACCAUUGAAACCAUUGUGGCUGGCUGGGAUCUUCAUCUAGGCAUUGACAUUUUUCUUUCAGAGAGUUUAUGUUGGUUCGCAAGAAGAGUUGCUGUGCACCCUACAUCUCUGACCUUGUUUUGCAAGCAUGUAUUUUGUUCUGUUUUGGUAUUUUUUCAAAAAUUUACAAAACCCUAUUUGACCAGAAACAACAGUGGGACAGACGCCAUACAUGUGCCCAAUGAGAAGUGCAGUCUUGUUUUAAAAAAAGACACUAGCCUUUUAUUCCACUCUUUCUUCUAGAUACUUGGGAUUUAAUAUAUCAAUAAAUAAAUAAAAUUGAA